AUGCUCGAACGCGAAUUCGCAGCAUAUAACGUUCGAUCGGAUGCCGUAAAAUGCGCAGCGGUAAUUCGACAUUUAGACACGCCGACGACAAAGAUAGUAGCCGACAUUAUUGCCGCCCCACCGUCCGAAAAUUCAUUCGGUGAUAUUAAAGACGCUCUUAUAACUAGAGUGGCAGCUUCCGAAGAAGCACAGCUACGCCAAUUAUUAACCGGUAUCGAGUUAAACGAUCGAAAGCCGUCUGAAUUACUCAGAGAAAUGACACGGUUAGCGGGCAGUAAUGUCGCUGCAUGUGUUCUACAAACAUUAUGGUUACAGAGAUUGCCGAAAAGAAUACAAGAACUCCUUACAGUAGUGGGAGAAAUGGAAUUGAAUAAGUUAGCUAAAAUCGCGGAUAAGGCCAUGGAAAGAUCAGGAGGUGGACAAGAACUAUCGAUAGUAGCACACAAAGAAUCUUCUUUAUCUAUAUCUGCAGCAGCAGCGCAACCACAGGAUUCUGAAAUCGCCGUACUAACUAAGCGAAUUGGAAAGCUAGAAAUGCUGAUGAAGAGGACAGCACGCAGCAGAAGCCGAAGUCGUGGCAGAAGAAACUUUUCCGGAAAUCGAGACGGAUUUAGAAAUAAAUCACGAGACCGCUCAACAGGCAUGUGCUAUUUUCAUAAUAAGUUCGAAAAAGACUCCUGGAAAUGCCGUAAACCAUGCACAUGGAAAGAAAACAAAAAAACGGAGGACAAGGAAAACUAG